GCAUGUUGUGUAUAGUGGUCCUAUACUUUUGCUAGAUUGUAUCUUCAACUUCACUCAUUUCCAUUUGCUGUAAGCCUUUGUCUCCAAGGACCGCCGCACAGUAUCCUUUUCUCUUUACUUAAAUAAUACAUUUUCCACCCGGAAGGGACGUUGAACCAUGUCGCGCCGCCUGAAAAUUGAAAACGCGAUCAAAGGCCUGAUCGCCGACAAAGAGGCCGCGCUGCUCAAAGCCGAGGAAGAGUUUCAAAAGGAACGGGAGCUGCGGAGCCAGGAGAAGCGGAAUGUGAAGAGACUCGCCGCUUCGGCACAUUUAGGAGCGCGGGAUGGCGAGACGGAGAAAACGCCGAGGCGUGUGGUGACGGGAGGACUAGAUUUCGGGUAUAGCUAGUUUUUCAUGCAAAAUGAAGAGCAUGUGCAUUGCAUGUCUGGAUUUUCUGUUACGGCAUUAGCUGUACGAAAUACAGCGCACGAAUAAUCUUUACAUUUACGAAUGAUCCUGUACUCCAUCAUCAAACUCUACUCAAAUAAGAGACCUUCGGCCACCCUGACGGCCCCAGUUCCGUACGCCUGCGCAGUCUGUUUCGCGACAACGUCGGGAGGGGGCAGUGGUAGUGCCAGCAGUAGCUUCUCGUCCUCGUCCACCGCGAACUACACAAAUUUUGCGGCGCAUCAACAUGGUGGAGUUGGAAAUGAAACCCGCAUCUCAAAUUCAGCUGGAAGUAGUUCAACUCUCACGACAACUACCACACCCUCUCGGCCGCUUCGCGUCUGUCCCGCGCGGCUGCACCGCUACUGCGACAAACACUGGAAGACGUCAAGAUGCGACUGUGAGCCCAGCAGUGGGAAUUCGAAUUGUAGUGCUAGUACUACGGCGGAGACAACUAUCGACAAGCAAUUCUGUCGCGAAAUCCCACCCGCGACGGUCACGGAUACGGAAAAGCUGCACUUGAAACUGAAACGACCCCACGACUCAGUGACGACCACAAACUCCUUCCCCUAUUGCGCGGUGUGUUGCAAAGCACCGGUAGCAGCGGGGAACUUCUUCUGCCAGAACUGCUUCACCGUCGGGUACUGUUCGGAGGGGCACAUGAGACAGCACGUUAACCACUUGCACGUGUUCGGGCUGGAAUGUUUGGAGGAACAGUUUGGCAGGUUCGAGGAGCUUGUCGGGGACAGUUCCGAUCAUAUGAACAGUAGCGGAAACUACAGCACGAACAUCAACACAAAAGGAAACAUGUUCAAGAGAUUCCCGAUGCUGAGGUUUCCGACCUGUGAGGAACUGCAGGGAACGUUUGCGGCGAAGAAGAUGUACUAUGAGUUGAGCCGGGACGAUCGAGCUAGUCGAGGAAGAAGAACUACAAGGGCGGCAGCAACGGCGGAGGGCCAAGACGCCGAUGGCAACCACGGUGGAACCAAAAACCCCGGUCAACUUCUGUGGGAAGCCCUGCUGCACCGGGUGAAAAUCGAAGCGGAGGCAGCGGUAGAGCAGGAUGAUGAAGGGGCGGACGCUGGUCGUGCGCCGGGUCUAGCGGCGCACCACGAGGAACGAGAUCCUGUUCCACAUGAUCAAGAAAAAAAAGGCGCUGACCACGGCGCUGCAGUGGGAGCUGGCAAUAAGAAGAGAUUAACCAAAACCCACAGCCGUAUGGACGAGGAAAAAGAAAACCAGCUCGCCAUCCUUCACUCCGGCCCUGGCCGCAGUAGGAAACGGAAGAAAAAGCGACAGAGGACAAUCCUGGACGAAUUGCCGAGGUUUGAAAUUCCGAAGACAACACUCACGUCAGGACAUCUACUUCCAGUACACGACAGUAGCGCUUCUACGAAGACGCUUCGUCAACAGCAAACUUCUGAAGAAAAGCAACUCUCCUCUUCCACCUCCUGGACCACGUUUCUCCUGAACUAUCAAACAAAAAACUGUUAACGGUAACGGCUUUCCUGGAUUGCGGAUAUGCAUGACAAAUUUGCCUAGCAUGCAUGCUAUGCAUGACAGAUCUGGGCACGUUUUGCGAUGCGUUACUGCAUUACAAAUUCCGUAUAUUAUACGGAAUUUGUAAUGCGAUAACGUUAUACUAUAACGUUAUAACUUUUUCCUGUGAUAUGAACACCGGCUGGAUCACGCUCGGGCUGAGGAAGGGCGAGUGGGGAACUCUGAUGCACGCUUUGUCCGAGGUGUUUCUCUUUCUGCAGUUGCGGGAGGUGUUGUUUGAUAGGGGGUCGGGGUCCUCCUCCAAGCGGAGCAGAAAUAAACUACCUGGUGGAAUAAAUAGUGCGAAUCCAGCAGCAGAAGACUCAGACAGCGAAUUUGAUUACGACGAGGCCAUGCUGUCGGAAAGGCAAGUGUUUGUUGAAGAAGAUGAACGCUUUUCUCCUGAAAGUAAAGGCGGAGCGACGCAGACGAGUAGAAGAGGUGGCACGACCACAGCGCAAGAAGGUAAGGCAAGCAUCAGCAAAAGCAAAGCGGCAAUUAUACAGCCUCGACGCCAAGAGCGAGACACUCCCGAACCCGUUGUCGUGAAGAAGUCUCAAGUCGAAGUCACCGACGGAAAAACACUGAAGGACUUGCUGGACAAGGCCAACAAAAUUCCGACGACCGACGGUUUCUUCGCCGAGAAGAAGAAACCAAUCGGGUUGCUGUCGUUUGUUGGUGAUAAAGCGAACGCCGGCAGCACUGCCGGUCGUUUUGACGAUGAUGUCGGGCCCUCCUCAACAUUGUCAUCUGUUCUUGCAGAGAACAAUGCCAGCCCCGCCGGAGAACUACAAGCCGACGUCUCACCAUCGUCCCGGGUCAAAGACACGUUUGAAAUUCUGGACGCCUACCCAGUUGCUCCGGGUCCAACCGCAUUAGCCCCGGGCGCGGCGAACGGAAAUUAUAAGCCGACAUUACCGCCGCCAACUCCCUUCAACGUCGUCUUUCUCCACGCAGAGUUGGAAAACACCGACAUGCUGCAGUUUUUGCGCGAAAAAUGGACCUUGUUUCUGUCGAUGCUGUGCUUCGGAAACGAUGGCGAUAGCGAAGAUGCUGCAGGAUCUACUUCGCAUGUUGGAAAAAAUCUGAAGCUCGAGCUUACCUUCUAUGGCGUUCUCACCUGUUACAUUCUCAACUGUUGCACGGAUUUCCCAUGCAAAACUGCCAUCAGCCUCCACUUGAUCAAGGUGCUUAGCAUGACAAAUUUUCGAAGGGCUAAGCAGCAUGACAAUCUGUGGCAAAUCUGUGAUGCGAAAGCUGCAAUAUUGCCACUUUUACUGUUGCUGUUCUUGCAUUACAAAUCCAUGUAACAGUUGAGAAUGUAACGUUUGAGAACGCCAUACCUUCUGCGUCCCGGAAAACCUCCACUUCGAUUGCAGCUCGGAAAUGUUUUCGAAGGACAGCCUGCAGAUUUACCGGGGGAGUACGACCAUAGCAGCUAGCACAGGUAAACAAGCAGAGGCACCAGACGAUCUUCAUGCUCCAGCACCACUUGCAAAUGAAGAUGUGCGCGACGUCGUGCAGGGAUUGAUCGUGAAUCAGCAGGCAUUGGCGCAGCAGCAGCUUCAACCACCGAUCACACCGGCGCAACUACAGGAAGUAGAGGACCAAAAAAUACUUUUACCGGAAACCGCUCGCGACCCUGGACCGGGAACGUUGUUGGAAGAGAAAAUCACUCAUGCUCUUCCGCACCACUGCACCUCCUCCCUUCGCUAUCGGCUCUUUCCGCAAACAGUGAAGUUUGAACACGAGUUUUUCAACUCCCGGACGGAUUUGUUCGUCUUCGUCGGCGGGGGGUUUUUCCAGCACAAAGACCAAAUGGCCAACGUUGAUAAUGUUAAUGCCUCUUCAACAGCCGCACCAGCAUCUUCGGAUGGUGCAACCACGACAGCAGGAGGAGGAGAAGCCACGGGAGGACGCACAAAUAAUGCAAGAGAAGUAGACCACGGACUAGUACAACCACAACCACAAGAUACAACUACAGACGACCCCUUACUCGAACUGGAUCUUCGCCACUUUUUCGAUACCGUUUUGAGAAAAUCCUCGAAGAAGCGGAAAAAAUCCGACCAGCAACAGUUCGUGAAUUCUUGGAAGAAGUUCGGAAUCACAUCGAAGCCCGGGACCAAAUUGCUCCUCGUGAACCGAAAGAGGAAGCUGGUGGAGAGAAAUUUGGAGUUCUGCUUGAAAACAUUGAACCGAGAACGAGACCAGUUAUUAGAUGACGAUGAGGUUUUCGCGACUGCACCGUGGGCGAAGCAGGAAGGUGAUACGCUGUUAGGCAACGCGGGGCGGAAAAAAACCGCUUGGGAAAUUUUGCUGCCGGUAACGGAAAAUGCUGGUUUUGCGAGUCCCUUGUAUUAUGAGAGUGCACGACAAUUCCCCCUCCCCCUCAUUUGUAUGGCAUGAACAGCAACACAAGCAGCAGUAGAAAAGGGGCGUUUGCAUGACAAAUCUGCAUGCGACUUGUAGUACUAUUUGAGGUUCCGAAAUUUGUCAUGCUGACAGUGCUUACGAGCAAAGGGGGCGGGAGUUUGGUAUUUUGCAUUACAAACGAGGGGGAGGGGGAGUUGUGCAGUCUCAUAUGUACCUGCAUGCGGACUACGAGCGCGAAUGGAGGUGGUUUGCUGUGUUGGUGAGAGGGAAGGAGAAGAGAAACUACAACUACAGAUCAUGAAAUAAGCGUAGUCACACUUACAACUGGAGGAAGAGCUUCACGGUAGAUCAAUCGUGGCAGGAGUGCAAGCUGCACUGCUGCCAGUAGCGCUACGUAAAAAUGCACUUCGAUGCCAACUACGGCGACGAGAGGCCUCCUGCUCGCGUUCCCGUCCUCGAAGUUCAAAUUCCAACCAGAAG